UAAUUCAUUUCUUUAAUCAUCAAUAAUUCAUUUCUCCUUAAAAAAAAUAUCAUCCAUAAUUCAUCACUCACCAAAAACCACCGGUGUCAUCUCCGAUCACCUGAGCUGAGAUCUGAGAUCACCUGACAGCAUGACAACAACAAUCCCAAAUCCGCUAAAAGCCGUAACACUAACUCACGUCCGUUACGAAAGAGGCGACAAAUUAGGCCACUUCUUAGCAUGGAUAUCCCUAAUCCCCGUUUUCAUCAGUUUCGGCGGUUUCAUUUCCCACUUCAUCUUCCGUCGCGAACUUCAAGGUAUCUUCUUCUUCUUAGGCUUACUCGUUUCACAGUUCAUCAACGAAGUAAUCAAAUCCUCCGUUCAACAAGCUCGUCCUAUAACAUGCCAGCUUCUCGAAACGUGCGAUUCACACGGUUGGCCUUCGAGUCAUUGUCAAUACAUGUUCUUUUUCGCAACUUAUUUAACGUUCUUGGCUUCUAAAGGAAUUGGAUUUUCCAAGAAUAUUGCGCUUAAUGUUGUUACUUGGUCUAUGGCUUUUUUGACCAUGUAUUCUAGGGUUUAUUUGGGUUAUCAUACUGUUGCUCAGGUUUUUGCUGGUACUGCUUUGGGGGUUUUGAUUGGUGCUGGUUGGUUUUGGAUUGUUAACAAUGUUUUUUUCCCUUAUUUUCCUGUUAUUGAAGAAAGUGUUUUUGGAAGGUUGUUUUAUGUUAAGGAUACUUCACAUAUUCCUAAUGUGUUGAAGUUUGAGUAUGAUCAAGCUAGAGCUGCUAGAAAAAAGACCGACUCUGAUGAUUCUAAGUCUGAUUAAUUAAUGGGCAGCUUGCUCCGGGUUUCUUUCAGGAUUUGUUUUACAGGAAUUUAGAAGCCAUCUUGCUUAGGUUACCAAUGACAUCUAUGGAGAGAGCAGCAAAGCGCACACUGAUAUUUUAGGCCUGGGAUGAUGAUGCCUGUGAAAUUGAAACUGAAAUGAUGUAACAAUAGAAUGUGUUAUCACAUGCUAUAGAUUAUACAGACUUGAAUAUUUAUCCUGUUUUCUAUUCGGGUUGAUAUAAAGAUACAUAGAUAAAUUCAAAUACAAUACACACUCAUAAAUCAAGGAGUUGUCUCGUUAAUGAUC